AUGCUCGAGUAUGAUGAAGACGAAGAUCAAAUGGAAUAUGACGUUUCUGACAUGGACAACGAUGUUGAGGGCGAUGCCUUUUCUUCUAAUUCGUUUGAAUCAGAAUCUAGUCCCGACGCCAUUUUUGAGCCGAAUGGCUCUUCCUCGCAUACCUCAGAUUCAAGAGCAGUUAUAGAGGCAGGCAAAGUGGGUUAUAAUGGGACAUCAUAUCAAACAUGGACACUAGAGCAAUUUAUUGAGUCUCAUUUCUUGACUGCAUUAAAGAGGCUAAGCAACGUCCAGUUGGGGAAAUGUACUACUAGCGACUUGCUCAUAAUGCUACAAACAAAACGAUGGCAACUGGACGAAGUAUUGGAUGCAUUUUUUACAAAUGAGCAAAAAUUUCUAAAAGAAUGUGGACUACCAACAACACAACCUUCUAACAACAAGUUUACCACAGAAAAAGAUUUCACGUGUAUCAUAUGUUGUGAAACUUAUCCAACAACAAAAGUAUACUCGACAACUUGUAAUCACAAAUAUUGCAUCGAAUGUUACAAUCAGUAUGUGGCCAAUGAGAUCAACAGUGGCAAACUAAUCACAUGCAUGGAACCCGAAUGUUCCUUAACCAUACCUCACCAAGAUAUUGACCGAAUUUUACAAUGGACCACCAGCAGCGGCAACAGUAACAGUAACAACAGCAGCAACAACAACAGUAAAGAAGUGAACUUUAUGUUUGCAGAGAAAUCAGAACGAUCACUUAAGGAAAACCCAUUAGUAUUAUCGCAUGCACGAUCCAUGGUGAACUCGAAAAAUUGCUACAAGUGGUGUCCGGCAACAGAUUGUAUAAGCUUUACCGAGCUAGUCUCCUCUAAUCGACUAUACUAUGCAGAUGACGAUAAUCAAAAUGGAGAAGAAGAUAAUCAGAGCGGUGACGACACAAAAAGGAAACAAGUAUCUUUGCAACAAAACAAAUACUCCAUUGAUAUUUCAUUAGUGCCCAUUGUUGGUUGUUCAGAGCAACAUGAGUUUUGCUUCAACUGCAAUUAUGAAAAUCAUCUUCCAUGUCCUUGUUGGCUAGUUAAGAAAUGGAUCAAGAAAUGUGCAGAUGAUUCGGAAACAGCACACUGGCUCGAUGCAAAUACACAUGGAUGUCCCAAAUGCUCCACUUCAAUUGAGAAAAAUGGAGGUUGCAAUCAUAUGACGUGCAGGAAAUGCAGCUACGAAUUUUGUUGGAUCUGCUUGGGUGAUUGGAGUUCGCAUAAAAACAAUUAUUCAUGUAAUAGAUUUCGAGAUGAACGAGCAGAGGAAGAAAGUAGGAAAAAUAAGAGCAAGGCAACAUUGGAGAGGUAUUUGCAUUUUUAUAAACGGUAUUCGAUCCACGAGUCAUCGAUGAAAGGAGACCAGAAGACGUUGAAAAGAAUUGAUAAUGUGACAAAAUUAUACAUGGAAGAUAUGAGGAGCAAAGGAGAACGAAAUCUUUCAUGGAAUGAUAUCCAGUUCCUACCAGAUGCAAUGAGAGCUUUGCAAAAUGGUCGUAAAACGCUAAAGUGGACAUAUUGUUUUGCAUUCUACUUGAACAGGCUGAAUUUCUCCGAGAUCUUUGAAACUAACCAGGAUUUUCUAAACAAGACCGUUGAGGAUUUGUCAAAUGUGUUUGAGAAAAUAAUUGAGAUUGACCAGCCAGAUAAAGUUGGAAUUAUUUUGAAAAAGAAGAUGAAUAUCAUAAAUUUGGGCGAGUUGGUCAAUUCGAGGAGAAAGACAUUGAUCAAGGCAGCUGAAGAAAACUUGGCAACUGGAUUGCUAUCACUCGACAAGGAUCUAUAA